AGCUUUUCUUUGUUUUUAUUGCAUAAUAGUUUCUUAGACAAAUCCAAAGGUGGGUAGGUGGUCUCUGUGUCAAUUCUCUCCAUUGCAGCUUUCCCUGUUCAUAUAUAUCGUUUCUUCAUCCUGUUUCACAAUGAUCAGCUAUGAAUUCUCAAUCAAAGAAGCAACCAUAAAAGAUAUAAAACAAGCUUUCCAGCAAAACCAACUCACUUCAAGACAGCUUGUUGAGUUCUACCUCCAAGAGAUCACCAGACUCAACCCGAUCCUUCAAGCAGUCAUAGAGAUCAACCCAGAUGCAGUCUACCAAGCCGAGGCAGCCGAUGAAGAGCGGAAGGCUAAAGUCCCAGGUUCACUACAUUCCUUGCACGGUAUUCCCAUUCUGCUCAAAGAUAGCAUUGCAACAAAGGAUAAGCUUAACACCACCUCCGGCUCCUUUGCCCUCGUUGGCUCUGUUGUGCCUAGAGAUGCAGGAGUGGUGAAGAAAUUGAGGGAAGCUGGGGCAAUUAUUCUGGGGAAGGCUAGCCUGAGUGAGUGGUCUAAUUUCAGGUCUUCUAAUGCACCCAAUGGCUGGAGUGCCAGAGGUGGCCAAGGGAAGAAUCCCUAUGUUCUGUCAGCAGAUCCACUUGGGUCAAGCAGUGGAUCAGCAAUAUCCGUGGCUGCAAAUUUGGUGGCAGUGUCACUAGGGACAGAGACUAAUGGCUCCAUCCUGAGUCCAGCCAGCUCUAACUCGGUAGUGGGCAUCAAACCUACCGUUGGUCUCACUAGCCGAGCUGGGGUCAUUCCAAUCUCUCCUAGACAGGACACAAUUGGGCCUAUUUGCAGGACAGUAUCAGAUGCUGUUUAUGUUCUUGAUGCUAUUGUAGGUUUGGAUGACAAUGAUGAAGCAACCAGCAAAGCAUUAGACUACAUUCCAUCUGGUGGCUAUGGACAGUUCCUUAAUCCUAAUGGGCUCCAAGAAAAAAGAUUGGGAAUUGUUAGAUGCCCUUUCUUCGAGUUUGCCAAAGAAUCUGUCUUAACUCAAACUUUUGAGUCCCAUUUCCAGACGCUAAGGGUACAAGGUGCAAUUUUGGUCGAUAAUCUUGAAAUAGCCAAUGUCAAUGAUAUCAUCUUUGGGUGGAGUGAUGAACAAACAGCAUUAGCAGCUGAAUUCAAAUUGUCUUUGAAUGCAUACCUGGAAGAGUUGGUAUCUUCUCCAGUACGAUCACUAGCGGAUGUUAUAGCCUACAACCAAAAGUAUGCUGAUUUGGAAAAGAUCAAUGAAUAUGAUCAUGAUACGUUUCUCUUAGCAGACGCAACAAAUGGUAUUGGUGAUAACGAGAAGGCAAUAUUGGCAAAUUUAGAAAAGCUUUCAGAGGAUGGAUUUGAGAAGUUGAUGAAGGAGAACAAGUUGGAUGCAUUGGUUACUCCUGAUUCAUGUGCUGCUUCUGUGCUUGCAAUUGGUGGGUUCCCAGGAAUCAGUGUCCCCGCUGGAUAUGAUAGUGAAGGUGUGCCUUUUGGCAUUUGUUUUGGUGGACUGAAGGGUACAGAGGCAAAGCUUAUUGAAAUUGCUUAUGGCUUUGAGCAGGCUACUAAGAUUAGGAAGCCUCCAUCAUUCAAGCCUGGAAAAUCUAAAGCAAAUGGAAAUGAUCAAGGAAUUUGACUAGGAUAACCUUCUUGCAGCUGAAAGAUUGGUGACGCAGAAAAGGCGGUAUUGUCAAAGUUUGAAAACUUUUGAGAGGAUGGAUCUGAGAAGUUGAUGAGGGAUAACAAGCUAGAUGCUUUGGUGACUGAUGAGAUGUAUUUCAUAUACUUUAAUUUCUUAUUUUAACCUGAUUUUGUUGCAUUUGGAUGAGACGAAUGUGAUUUUUAAUGGAUUUUACAUAAUUUUCAACCAUUGUGCAGAAAAAGACUUGAAUACAUGAAAAUAGAAGUUUCUGGACUUU